CGUUAAUACGCUCUCACUUUUUGAAAAACCCCUCUCAUUAACUUUUUCCAUAUCAGAAAAUCUCAACGAAUAUAUCACCCAGAGGUGAAAGAAAGGGGGGUUUCAAAAUAAAAUUGAAGGAAUCAAAUGGCCCUAAUUCCCGAGUCGGAGGGAUCGGAGCUGAUAGAUGAAGGAGAGCUUGAGAAAUUGGAGUCGGAAGUGACGGAGAUGGCGCAGAAGGUUUCAGAGUACAGAAAAACCCUACCGGAACAUCUCAGGAACACCCUUGAUUCCGCGCUCUCCUCCUCCUCUCAUACCUUCCCCAACAUCGCUUCCGGGUCGGAUCCUCAGCUUCCCUCUUCCUCUAAUCGCCUCACUAUCUCAGCAGGAACUGAAGAGCAAGAGUGUGAACAGAAGAUGAUUCAGCUCAAGGAAAUAAUGUCCAGGAACGCUCAAAACAUACCUAAAGUUGUAAAGAGAGUCCGAGAGUUUACUCACAAACUUGAUUCUUUGGACGGAAGAAGAACCAUUCACCCUGCUUUCACUCGGCGCAGACUUAACUGACACCCCCUCUUUAUCUCUCUCUCUCUUUUCUCCUUUUACCUUUAGCCUUUCUCUAUCUUUCUAUUUUCUUAUAUUAUUAUGUGUUUCUGCUGAUUUGUUUAAAAUAUGUAAUUCUAGUUUUAUUUUGGCUGUGUACAUUAAUCGGUCGACUUUUCAACUGAAUGUUCUUUACUACCAACGUAUGUUUUUUUAUUAAGUGCUUUUUACAUAUGCUUUUUAACACCUCUCUUUUAUCCUAUCUACAUCUUCAUUUUGCACUGUAAGGUUGUUCUUCCUUUGGUCCAAAACAAGAUUGGAUUGAUUCAGAGACAGAUACAUAAAGGUCGAAUUUGUUACAUGCCUGUCAUAUAGAUAACCCAAGUAGCCAGUACCUCCCACAAUCACCACUCUUUCUUCAUUAUUCCGUAAAUUAACACUUCACAUUUCAUGAUCACUGUCUGAUCCAAUGGAUUGAGUGGAGUAUAUAAAGUUAUAUAUAUUCAUUCAAAACAUAACUGUAAGAAAAUGACAAGGAACAUGUGACCCAAAACUACCCUUUUGGUUCCUCAAGCCUUCUUUUUGCAUUGUUUUGUAAACAUUAUCAUCAUUGAUUUUCUAGCACAUACUGAGAGAGAAAAGGAUAAAGAAUGUUGUUGUUGAUCGCAAAGAACAGAAAACAAAACAAAAAUGGUCAGUCUUUUGGCUUAUUCUAUGUAAGCUGAGAGUUCAAAGAGUCUAUUUCUCGUGCACGAGAGGGCUGUAAAUUGGGAACCACAUGUUCCGUGUGAUGUAAUCCACUGUCUCCUCCUGUUGAUUCAAAAACAAAAAAAAUAUGCAUUUAGAUUCAAACUUCUACAACACAUCACAAUUUGUUUUGAUACCUUAGACAUGUGACUGAGAUCUCUGGGACCAACAUCCCCAUGUCCUUCUACAAUGUCAUCAGAAACCGCAGCUCUUAGAACAGCCGCCCCAACCUCAGCUGUUAUGUGUCGGAUGCUGCAUUUUGUCCAAAUCGUUUUAGAUAUCAAACAAAAAUCAACGGAUAAGAAUGAGAGUGAAUCAGAGGAAAUAAUACUUGUUGAUUGAAGGGUAAAGGAUGCCUUUUUGAACUUCUUCGUCAGUCAUGUAGGACGCAAGGCUGCAUUAUAUUUUGGCAGUAUAGUUAUAAUCGUCAGCAUUACUAUUUCAUAAGAUAGAAGAGAACCAAAUGCAAUCUUCUUACCAUUCAGCAGCAGCUAGCAGCAUUCCAUCAGUUACAAUACGUGCACCAGAUAGAAGUGUCCCUAACCCGAUCCUGUAAACGAUAAUAAGCACAGUUGAUUUGAGCUGAAUAUAAAAUGCAUUUGAAAUGUGAUUUACUGAAGCAGCUUCUAAGAAAGGAAACGAACCCGGGGAAUAGGUACAUGUUGUUGGCCUGAUUCACAUGCCCAACUUUACCAUUUUCUGCAAGUAGAGCAAGUACAAAGGAAUAGUUUUUAGAUUUUAAGCAACUACAGUUACAAAAGACCUACGUGAAGACCUCACUAUAACGUACCAAGUUGAACGUGCUCAAAUGGGCUUCCGCUUCCAAAGACUAUGUUUUCUCCGGCGUGCUUAAAUGCAUCAGCAGC